CGCAGUGCGACAAAUGCGGAUCCCGAUUGCUGCAGCCGCUUGUCAGUGUGACGAAGAUUGGCACCCAGGUAAUUUCCUGCUGCCUGCCAAUAUAAUGCUGCAGUGUUGGCCAAGGCAACUUUAAAUAUGAUGGCUGCCCAGUCCGUUGACAAAUAUCAAAAGGGAGAUCUGCAGAUGCAGGUAAUGGAGCAAGCAGACAGUGAGUCUGAAAGGGGCUUUGCCAAUGGAAACACAGGAAGAUCAAGCAGCCCUGUAUCCACUGAACCACAGACACAAAUGGAUACCGACAAAGCCUCUAUAUAUAGGCAUCCCCUUUUUCCUCUUUUGGCUCUGCUGUUUGAGAAGUGUGAGCAGUCCACUCAGGGCUCUGACUGUGUAACUUCAGCCAGUUUUGAUGUUGACAUUGAGAACUUUGUGCGCAGUCAGGAGAAAGAGGGCAAGGCGUUCUUUAGCGAAGACCCUGACCUUGACAAUUUGAUUAUCAAAGCCAUCCAGGUGCUGAGGAUUCAUCUGUUAGAGCUAGAAAAAGUUAGUGACCUGUGCAAGGACUUCUGCAGCCGUUACAUUGCCUGCCUCAAGACCAAGAUGAACAGUGAGACAUUGCUGAGCGGAGAGCCAGGCAGCCCAUACUCUCCAGACCAUGAACAGAUGUCCAGAUCUUUCUCAGCUGCCCUCAGCCCACAGAGCAUUGUGGUGUCUGCAUCAGGCCUUCAGCAAGGCAGUGUUACUAUGACAACCGUCAAUCCAUCACAGAUGGUGACAGGUAAUGCAGUUUAUCAGCCUGUGACUGUUGUUACACCACAGGGGCAAGUGGUGACACAAGCUAUCUCACCUGGAACAAUACAUAUUCAGAACUCACAGCUACAACUUCAGCUCAAACAGGAUUUGAGUUUUUUUGGUGCAGACGACAGCUUGUCUAAAAACAAGCGUGGUGUUCUUCCCAAACAAGCCACCAAUGUCAUGCGCACCUGGCUCUUCCAGCACAUCGCGCACCCCUAUCCCACUGAGGAAGAGAAGAAACAGAUUGCAACUCAAACAAACCUGACUUUACUCCAAGUCAACAAUUGGUUCAUUAAUGCACGCAGACGGAUCUUGCAGCCAAUGCUGGAUGCCAGCUCCACAGAGACACCCAAAACCAAGAAGAAAACUCCUCCGAGCCGCCCACUACACCGCUUCUGGUCUGAUACCGUCGCCUCUUCUGGAACACAGGAGCAGCUCACAAUGCAAGAUGGUGGCAUGGUUACAGUUGGGAUGAAUGUAGAUGGCUUCCAGGCGCUUUCAUCAGAUGGAGCAACUCUUGCCAUGCAGCAAGUCAUGAUGGGGAAUAACAGUGAGGAUGAAUCAGAAGAAAGUGAUGAUGAAGAUGACACCUUGUCAUCUUCCAACAUCACCGGGCUGGGUUUAGAUGUUAGCAACUAAACCACAUGGAUACAGAGCACACUGCAUGCUUACAUUUACAUUAGCACAAGCGAUCCGUUCCCUUAUAGAUUCUCAGCAAAGCUGAACUACAAAAAAAUGUGCACUACAAAGAUUAGAAGUACUGUACGUUGGAAUAUAUAUUAAACACAAACACACAUGAACAGUUUAAAGAGAGCACAAUGUUACUGAAAGCUGCCAUGUAUGAAGAAUUGCAUUUCAGCUCCUGUUUUUACUGCAUAGUUGUGCAGGUGAGAUGCACUUUUAUGUAUGAGAUACACAUGUAGAAAAUAGCUAAGAAAGAAGCAAAAACGUAACACCUAGAGGCAAGUUUUUAAGCUAGUGAAUGUUUGGUAAUGAUUUUGUUUUCUAUUGUAACUCAUUUAAAUGCCAAGAUUUUAAGAGUUUGUCCUUGUGCUGUUUUAUUCACACUGCAUGCUAAUGCUUUCUUCAAUAUUCUCACGCUUCUGAGAAGAAAAGAGAUUCUUAUUUUUAUAUAUUAACGCUGUACAAAAAGUGCUUUUUCCGUUGUUGUUUUUUAUUAGUUUGUGUUUUAUAAGGAAUAUUUAUGUACAGAAACAUAGCUAUCUGCCCUGUUUUCAGGGGAUGCUUUACAUUUUUUAGAAAAACAAAAAAGGAUGGUUUGAAAACCAUUUUUAAAUAUGUAAAUUGGUUUUAACACACACGUUACAAAAUGCCUUACGUAUUCUUUUGUAAAACUAUUUAGCUGAUAAGCACAGAAAGCAUAAUACAUUGAUUAAAUUCAGUAAUAUCCGUUAAAGCAAAGUCUAUCCAGUUAAUAAUGUUUGUCCUUAAGCUGAAGUCGUUCCUUUGUUUCAGAGGGGGUGCUUUGUUUUUGCUCUAUAGGAUAGAGCCUUUAGAUUCAGUGUAGUUUUGAUCUAACGUAUACAAAGUUUACCAUCUCAGUUAUCAAAUAAUCAGAUUCAUGAAUAUGGCAUUCAAUAUUGUUAUCAAAGUCAAAUAAAGGUCAAGCCUGAAUAUUUUGCCAUACUACUAUAUGAAAUGUUAAUUGUGUGCAUUUAAUAAUUAUUUAAAUACUGUCAUAAUUACAGGAGUAUUCUAUAGUAAGGCUUUAUAAAAUUUUGGAACAAUGACAAUUUUGCAUGGAUUGGGCUGUUUUCCUUAUUGUCUCUCUAUUUAUUGCCUCAAAAGCACAUUGCAGGUUCUGUGUUGUUCUUCAUGACACUUCACAAGAUUAUUUGGCAGGUUAUUGUUUAAAACAGUAGCAAGUACUGUAUAAGACUACUUCAA